AUGGGUCGCAAGCCAAAUCCCAUCAUCUGUGAAUACUUCACCCGUGGACCCAAGCUCACCGACUCGAGCAACCGCUACCCGCACAAAUGCAAACUGUGCGGUGAGAAUUUCCCCAAAGGACGUGGCGAGGCUCUCACAAAACACAUCACCGAAAAAUGCCCAGCAAUCACACCUGAGCAACGCAUCAAUGCCGCCCUCAACCUCUCUGGCUUGCAGGCCCGCAGCCUUGCCUCUCGCCAUCUCAACGACCACGUUCGUGCCAGCAAUGGCAUCGCAUCAGCGAACGAAGCUCCCGAAGCGUGGGACGCCUUGCAGACCUUGGCUGAAGCCUCGCGCCAGGUUGGGGCAACGGAAAUGGUCCCCCAGAACAGGAAUCUGAUCGACCCCGCGAUCCAGCAAUUCAACCCUCAUCAUGGUCAGCCAGAUCACACCAGCGGAUUGGAACUUCAAGAGCAAUUCACCCUUGAAAAUCCACCCCCUAGCUAUGAGCAGCCCGCCCAUCGAGAGAAGCCAAAUCAUAUGCACAUUGAUGACGCUCUCACCAGUUAUGAGCUGCCGGAUCAGCGCGACAAACGAGCUGAUGAACAGAGCGCCUCCAACCUCUUGACGGCAGAACAGAAACUUGAGCACCUUCAAGUGGCAACCCAGCAACAGAGCCACGCUGUCUCGCCCGAGGACUCGGCAAGUCUUAAUGCUGCCGUAGCUGCUGUUGCUGCGGCUACCGCACGGCUCAACCACCAGCUGCUUGACGAGAGCCGUGACGGACCAUCCAACCAGGAGAUUGCUGACGCACUUGCCUCGCCCAUGCGAGAGGUCAGCGCCGAAUCUCACCAUUCAGGUCCUCCCCACCCUCAGCAGCCAUGGGGUGAAAUGUCCUAUGUUCAUAGCAGUCCGAUUCCUCCAGCUCCUUUGAACCUGCAGCCUGCUGCUCCCAUGGUGCAGGUACAGCCCGCGCCGCUUUCAAUGUCGCCCGUUCAUGUCCGAGGCGGCACCCGGAUGUCCAUAGGCAAUGGCGUCCGGAGCGAGCACAAACGCAAGGCCUAUAACCCUGUUCGGCGCAAGGAGGUCCAAGCCGCACGCAAGAAGGGAGCCUGCAUCAGAUGCCGAAUCCUAAGAAAGACGUGUGGUCUCAACGACCCUUGUGACCAAUGUCGGAAAAUCCACGGGCCCCGGCACUGGACAUACCCCUGCGUGCGUACUCAUCUGAACCAGUCGCUGACGCUGUACUCUGCGGGACUCGUUGUGGUGCUUUCGCAGAAUAGAGUCAACCAAGCACGCAGCGCCUUUGAGCUCAUUCAAAACGGAACCAAGGUUCGCGUCGCCAUAUGGAAUGAUAGCGUCCCCAUGAGCCUGUUCGCCUUGGUCACUGCCAGGCCUGCUUCUCCCACCGAGGACUUGAAGGCCGAGGAGGAAGCCGCAGAGCCAGCGAACAAGGAUGAAGCGGAGGUCAAACACCAGGCCAUCAUGAUUGACCAGGACAAGGAAGACUUACCGGCUCGCAUGGAGACCUAUGUCCGCGAGAUGCUGCCUUUGCUCAUCGAGCGCGAAACCUCUCACUUUGUCCGCGUUGUGCUCGAAUUCGCUCAGAAAGCUGAGCAGAAGACUGGCGAUCUUGUCACACGUGCCCUCGAACUCUGGGGACUCAUCGAGAUCCUUGACCACGAGCGCAGCUGGUCCAUAUCCGAGGAACAGGAUGGCAAGUUUGUCGCCAAGACGCCCGAUGACCACGGUGGCUCCACGCAGGACCUCUAUACGCUCAUGACCUGGCAGCUUUCGGCCGCUGCCGAGCGAAAGGCGAACGCCGUUUCGCAGAAGCUCGUCAACGAGCUGCAGCGCUGUCUCGAGAACGGCAAGGUGACGCUGCACUUCGACGUGUACCUCACGAUUUUACUUCUCCUUCAUUGCCUAGAGAAGACGACUUGGACUAUGAAAGUCUGGGAGAUGGACGACUUCCGCCAGCGCUGGCCCCUUGACCGCCCGCCUUCUGCUUUUACCACCCAGGGCCAGGAGAUUGCCGAGUUGCUCAAGAUGCUCCUCGCUCUUCGGAAGGCGCACCCCAAAACGUUUCGCGGACACGGAGGCCUGCUCGAGGUGUUUGAACCGCAGAGCCAGGCCAUUGCCGACUUUUUCGGCAAGCUGAGCCUGCAGUACGAUGAGGUCGUUGACCGCCUCAAGGGAAACUCUUUCACCCCGCGAAGCUCAAGCUCCCUCGAGUUCCAGUUCUCUGGCAUAGUUCUGCUCCCGCGGCAGGAGAGCGAUGCCGUGGCCGAGCAGACGGCGGUACCAGCUCCAGACGUAGCUCAAAGGCCGGACCAGGCCAUGUCCGGAUAG